AUGACUGAUUGCAUGGAGUCGACAUCUGAUGGAAAAUCGUCUCCGUCCCAACCAGAUAUCAGCAUCCCACCAUCGAUUUUGGUUCUUGGAAUGGCUGGUUCGGGAAAAACAUCGUUUGUACAGCGGCUCACCGCCUAUUUGCAUGCGAGGAGAACACCGCCGUAUGUGAUUAAUCUUGAUCCAGCUUGUGCAAACGUACCGUAUCCAGCAAAUAUCGACAUAAGAGAUACGGUAAAAUACAAGCAAGUCAUGAAAGACUACGGUCUUGGCCCUAAUGGUGCUAUAAUCACAAGUUUGAACCUAAUGUGCACUAGAUUUGACCAGGUGUUAACAAUGAUCCGCCAACGUGCCAAGCAAUAUAGUGCGUGUUUGAUCGAUACUCCUGGCCAAAUAGAGGCUUUCACAUGGAGUGCAAGUGGAUCGAUUAUCACGGAUUCCUUAGCUAGUAGUCAUCCAACGAUUGUUGUUUAUAUUGUGGAUUCUGCAAGAGCAACGAAUCCGACAACGUUCAUGUCGAACAUGUUAUAUGCAUGUUCGAUUCUAUACAGGACGAAGUUGCCGUUUAUUGUUGUUUUCAACAAGGCUGAUAUCGUUGCUCCAGCAUUUGCACGUAGUUGGAUGCGUGAUUUUGAGAGAUUUGAUCAAGCUUUGGAGGAAAACCGCAGCUCAUAUAUGAAUGACCUCAGUCGCUCAUUAUCACUAGUACUGGACGAGUUCUAUUCUGACUUGAAAACAGUAGCAGUUUCUUCGGCUACCGGUGAAGGCAUGGAAGAUUUCAUGAAAGCUGUUGGAGAAUGUGUUGAACAAUACAAGAAUGAAUAUGUUCCAAUGUACAAACGUAUCUUGGAAGAAAAAUUGAAGUUAGAUGAAAAAGAAAGACAGAGAAAGACAGACGAGAUUGCAUCAAAUAUGGAGGUCCUAAGCUUACAUCCAUCUGUGGAGCCGCCACCAAUCCAAGAAAAGAUCCAUAUUGGUGGUGUAGAAGAAGAAAAUGCCGAAGAUGCGGACAUAUUGCGCGGGUGA